AUGUCUGGAAUGUGCGCAAAAUGUGCUCAACCUUUCGUAUCCGGUAGUAUUCUCACAGCUUUGGACCGCAAAUGGCAUCCGGACUGUUUUCUUUGCACCAUCUGCAGAGGAAAGCUAGCCAACCAGUCGUUCCAUGUUAAAGAUGAUAGUCCAUACUGCACCAGAUGCUGGAAGGAAAAUUUCCAACCAAGAUGCGCCACGUGCAAACAGAUUAUCGAUCCUUCGGAACAGUACAUGACCUACAACGAUAAUGCUUACCAUAAAGGCUGUUUUACGUGUGCCGCCUGUCAUCAAAGUUUGGCCGGAAAACAAUUCUGCAUCAAGGACAAUGGGUACUACUGUCCUGAACAUAUCUCUCUGUCUACCAUUUCGGACAGUCAAGAAAUUUACCUAG